GACUGGGCAUGAAGCGCAAGCUUUCCUACCAAGGAGUGUUUCUGCUGUCGACUUCACUGCUAGGAUGGGCGCAAUGGGCCGAACGGCUCAACCGUGCCCUGGGCAGAGCAAGCGGACUUGCAGGGGAGACUGCAGGGUCUCCAGGGGCGUGGAGAGGCGGAGGCUCGCUUCCUAUCCACACCCACGCACUUCAGUCCCCAGGAUCCGGCAAGCUGCCUCUGGUUAGUUGGGCUUGCAUCGUUCCUGAUGGGGGCUGUCGGGAUGCGGCUACUUUUUGGUAUCUUCUUGUGUUCAGGCGGCGGGCUAGUCCUGAGCUCUUGUCCAGGAUUGCACCACAUGCAGAAUGGUCGGCAGUUUUUCCGUUACGGUGGGAUUUACGUAACGUUCUUCUGUAACCCUGGUUUCAAUCGUUAUGGAUAUCGAACCAGCAGCUGUGUGUCGGGCCGGUGGACGAGAGAUCCACCAGUCUGUGUUGAUUAGGAUUAGCUGUGACAGAGCUGUACACCUUCCCAAUGCACACAAGCCACAGAUAUCAACAUGGAUGAAGACAUUCAACUACCUGAUUCUGUUCCGGCCCCAGGAUGCCCAGAUGUUGGGAGUGUUCUACAUGGAAGCAGCACUGUGCAUAACAACAAUUCAGUGGUCAGAUACAUGUGUGAUCCUGGUUUCAGACUGUCUGGAUCACCAGUGAUCUACUGCAAUGGCAACAGCUGGAAUGACACCCAACCAGCGUGCGAAGAGUCAGGUUUGGUGAAGUCCAAAGAGAUGCACACUGAGAUGACAAAAUCAAAUUCAUUGCCAAACUUGAACACGCUGUUAUCAAUGAAAAAGCUUUCAGGAAAUCUACUUAAAGUUCAACAUAGUAAUACUGCAAACGGCUCCUUUGUAAAACAUGUCCCUCUGGCCGAGCAUCGCACUGGCGCUGUUACAAAUACUGUAUUGACCUUGCAACAUCUCCCCACAAACCAACCUGUGAUCAGCAAAGGUGCACCUGAAAAUAACACCAAAGGUAUUUGGAAUGGAAAAACUGCCUCCAGUAACAACCUGUUCAACAAAGGAUCAUCAGAAGACCAGGUAAAGAUUCAACCAGGGUCAGUGAAGUCAAUAUUUGCACAUCUGGAUUUACCAUCGUUGACAAGAACAAGGCUACCAUCCACUUGGCCAUUGCAUUCCAUGCUCGUCACACAACCAACUCCCAUCCCAUCACUGCAGACAAAAUCCUCUAUAGAAUUCCUGCAGCCAGAGCCCCCCUCCAGAAUCAGGUUAACAUCAUCAAAGCCACCUUCACCUUCAUCUGUAUACUCUCCAUCUCUGCACCAACCUUCAAAAUCAUUACUCCAAUCAAAUUCUGUAACAAACCAAUCAAUUCCAUCUCCUUCACCAACACCAAAUGACACAUCAUCCACACCCUCACUAAAACAAUUAUCAAAUAUUUUCCAUACAAGCUCGGGCAGAAAGUACUCUCCAUCCCCGGUGUCCAUGCAAUGGACUUCAAAGUCAUCACUUCUUGAAAAACAAAGUGCCUCUGCGUCAAGCAGCAGAUCUCAUACCUUCUCAAUGACUGGAAGGACUCCGUAUCCAGCUCCAGUCACACUCAAACAAUAUGGUUGGCUCAGAAAGACAGUGAGUGGUAUCCCUGAAGAAUCUAUGGGUAAAAGGGUUGACACUACAGCAAGUAGGAAACAGCCUCAGAAGGACGAGGUAUUAUUUAAUAAUGACUCAUGGCAGAUGGAAACAUUUCGCUGGUUUACCCCAGUAGUUACAGUUGAUGGUACCAGUUCAAAACCUGCAGCCUUAUUGGAUGAAAAUGUAAUGAGCUCAGCUUUUCCAAGCUCCAAAUCAUUGAGAGGGGUGUCUUCUCAAGAUACAAUUUUCAGAGGAGCAGAUCAGCUAAAGGAAGGAUAUCCAACUGUUGGUCUGGAAGUGACUUCCCCAACUACCUCUCUCCCUGCUUGGUCAGUUGCUGACGUCUUGUUACCUAAGACAGGUAAUGACUUUGGAAGCUCGAACCUGCCAGAAGCAACCCAUCGGCAGAGCUCUAUCUCCAAAACAACCAUUGCUGUUCCACAACACGUUGAGACUCUGUCUCCUCAAACAAGUAGAUCUGUUAGUGAUCUGAGUGCACCUGAAGGUACAAGACCAGAGAGUCAAUCGAAGAGCAACAAUGAGCCAGAACUUCUGAUAGACAAAGUUCUUUCAUCGACGGAGCCAAGGGUGUCAGAUAUUGCUGGAAAAAUGAAUAGGCUAAAGAAUUCCCAGUUUAUUAUCACAAUGAGAGGAACUCAACGCAACAUAAAGCAAGCAAAAUCACAUGUACCUGGAUCCAUUGCAACAGAAAGCGCAAGUCCUUCAAUUAACAGUGUUGCAGUCCAAGCACAGGGUAAGCAGGUCACACUGAAUGGGAGUUUGGCAGCUAAUAAACGGAACAAUCUCACUGAGCUGUCAGGUGCACAUGAUGCUGAACCAACUGAACCAACUCUGCAAAAUAAUCUGGCUGAAAUUAGUAUGGUGGAUGAAACAGUCAUGCGACAGGUUAACCUACCAAAGACCAUUGUGUGCCCCUCGCCACCUGUACCAGAUCAUGGCACGUUGUACUUUCGUAACUUGGUCAGACCGUCGCCGUGGCAAUACAAAUACUACAUACAGUAUUCCUGUACUCCAGGUUAUACCCUGGUCCGUGGAGACCAGUUCAGUUUUUGUCAACACAAUGGUACGUGGAGCGGAGAGAGACCUGUCUGUGCAGAUGUUAAUGAAUGUGCUGUUGGACUAAGCCACUGUCAGCAGAUCUGCAUCAACACCUUUGGGUCUUACAAGUGUGGCUGUCAUUCUGGUUUCCAGCUAUCUAGGGAUGGCCAGGGAUGUGCAGAUAUUGACGAGUGCCUGGAUGUAUAUAGCAGACAGACCCAAUGUGAGUGGAGGUGCUUGAAUAUCCAGGGCUCCUUCCGUUGUGUUUGUCCACGUGGCUACAUACUGAGUGACAACAGGUAUCACUGUGAAGACAUCAAUGAAUGCAACUAUAAAAAUGGUGGCUGCACCCAGCUCUGCAUCAAUACCAGUGGAGGCUAUCUAUGUGCUUGUCGAGAAGGUUAUAUCCUUAAUCCUUACAACAGGAAGAACUGUCAGGUUAUUAGUGUUCCAAAAGCAAUCCUGGACAACCACUUGUACACUGAGUAGUCAAGGCUUAAACUGUGAAGUGUUCUCAAUUGCCCAUAGGCAUCAGUCUUUAUUAAUAUUUGGUGUUUGGGGAUUGCUAUGUUAUUGAACCUGCUACAGAAUCAGAGAUUGAAUGCUGGAGGAGGUGAUUUGUCCCAUCGUGGCAACACUGGCUUUUGAAGUACCAUCUCUGCAACUUCUCCUUUGUAAUUAUUAACCCUUUCCCUUUUGAACCAUCACUAUAUCUGCACACUUCCAAGCAACAUCUAUUUAUUGACUCCUAAAGGUUGCCUUAUAUUAGCAGCAUGUACUUGAUUGAUAUUGGCAUAUUAGAACAUAAAACAGCACAGGAACAGGCCCUUCGGCCCACCAUGUCUGUGCCGACCAUGAUGCCAAAUUAAACUAAUCCUAUCUGCCUGCACAUGGUCCAUAUCCCUCCAUUCCCUGCCUGUUCAUUUGUCUGUCUAAAUGCUCCUUAAACAUUGCUAUCAUAUCUGCUUCUACAACCUCCCCAGUAGAGGAUUCCAGGCACCUACCACUCUUGUAAAAAAAAGCAAUCAUAAAUCUCCUUAAAUUUUCCCUCUCUCACAAACCCAUGCCCUCUAGUAGUUGACAUUUCCUCCCUAGGAACAAGACUAUCUAUCUGUGCCUCUCAUAAUUUCAUAUACUUCUAUCAGGUCACCUCUCAGCCUCUGAUGCUCCAGAGAAAACAAUCAUAGUUUGUCCAACCUCUCCUUAGAGCUAAUACUCUUUAAACCAGAUGAACCUCUUUUGCACCCUCUCCAAAGCCAUCAUCCUUCAGAUCAUGGGGCACCCAGAAUUGACUGCAAUUCUCCAGUUGCGGCCUAACGUGAUUUCUGACUUUUAUACACAAUGUCCUAACCAAUGAAGGCAAACAUGCAGUAUGCCUUCUUUACCACUCUAUCUACUUGUGUUGUCAUUUUCAGGGAGCUAUGGGCUUGCACUCCAAGAUCCCUCUGUACAUUAAUAUAUCUAAGGGUCCUGCCAUUUACUGUAUACUUAUGUGACCUUCCAAAAUGCAUCACACACUUGUCUGGAUUAAAUGGCACUGCCACUUCUCUGCCCAACUUCCAACUCAUCUAUAUCCUGCUGUAUCCUUUGACAAACAUCCUCACUAUCCACAUCUCCAACAAUUUUCAUGUCAUCUGCAAACUUACUAAUCAGACCACCUACAUUUUCAUCCAAGUCAUUUAUAUUAUAAACAACAGAGGUCCCAGCCCUGAUCCUUGUGGAGCACCUUUGGUCACAGACCUCUGGGCAGAAAAACACCCCUCUGCCACUGUCUUUUAUGACCAAACCAAUAUUGGAUCCCGUUUACUGUAUAUGCCCUUCCCUAUUUGGCUUCCCAAAAUGCAUCACCCUGCACUUGUCAGGAAUAAAUUCCAUCUGCCAAUGCUUCACCCAACAGCACUACCAAUUUUCAUGUCAUGUGGAAACUUACUAAUCAUACCUCCUACAUUCACAUAAAAGUCAUUAAUAAAUAUCACAAAUGGCACAGGUCCCAGCACCAUACACCACUGGUCAAUUCUGACUUCCAAUCAGGAAAGCAUCCUCCCACCACUACUCUCUUGCCUCCUAUCACCACAUCAAUUUUGGAUCCAAUUAGCCAGCUUACCUUGGAUCCCAUAUGUCUUAACUUUCUGGACCAGCCUACCACGUGGGACCUUGUUAAAUGCCUUACCAAAGUCCCUAUAAAAACAUCUUCUACCUCCUUCAUCAAUCUCCAUUGUGACCUCCUCAAAAGACUCAGUCAGUCAAAUGGCCAAUCCCUUUUUCAGAGACCAUGCCUCCUAAGGGCGCAUCUUCUGAGCAAGCACCCCUCUAUCAGUUUUCCUUUAUAUUGUUUCAGUGAAACCAUCUCAUUCAUCUAAACUCCCAGAAUAGAGUCUCUCUCUCUGCCAAUUUUUCCUUCUGACAAUCCCACUAUAAUAAACCAUCCUGUUUAGCUUCCUCAAAAUGUUCCAUGAACCACUCCCCCUUUGCCCUCUGUAUCCCAACAUUUUAAAUACCUAUCAUUUAAAAAAAGGUUUUCUAUUCUUCCUACCAAAUGACCUUACAUUUCCCUAAAUUAUACAUUACCUACAACCUGCUCAAACUGUCCAGGUUCUUUUUCAGACUGAACAUCUCCUCACAGAUUACUUUUCCACCUUUCUUUUUUAUUAAGCGUGGAUGCUGUCAUUAUAAAAUACUGUCAUUAUGUCGAUUGUAAAUUACCAAUACUGUGCAAUGGCUACAUGGUGAUGGCUUCUGGUGGCCAAUUACAAUCCACCAUUCCAAAUCCUAAAUGAUUUGGGAUGUUGCUGCUAAACAAUCAAGGAGAUGGCUGUCUGUAAAGCGAGCAAUGGGUCAGUGCAGAGAGUGACAGUAACCUUCAGGCUAGGGAAACAUGUUAAACAAAUUCCAAAUCUACCCAAGAAUCCAUCAUUGGCACCAUCUGGCCAACCUGGUGGUUCCGUACUUGGAAACUUGCCAGGAUGUGGGUCCUGGUGUGGCAGUGGCCCAAGGGGAGCUAGAUUUUGGUGACAACAUGUCCUGCCAAAUACUUCCUCUGAUUCUGGAUAAAUGUGGCACUGUUAAGGUCCUGUGAAGAAUUUUCGAUAUUUCACCAGUUUAAACAAAUGCAAUAGUUUUGUUGCUACAACUUCAUUCUCAAAGGAUAUUAACACUUAUAGCCAAGGCAUUUAUAAAAGAAAGUGGGUUCCAAAUAAUCUAGCCAAAGUUUUAAAAAAUACAAGGUAAACACAAAAGAAAUGAAUGAUGCGCAUUCUGCCAUUUCAUUUACAAGCUUAAAAAUAUAAACAACAUAAAUGCUAAAACCUCCUGCUGGUUACAAUUGUUUAAACCCCAUUUUGUAUUGCACCUGCCUCACUCAUAUAAUAACUGCAGCCUUUCAACUGAAAAUAGCUGGAAUUAGGAAUUGGAG